UGUGAUAUUUCACAUAAUCUUUUAUGUUUCCUUUUCUGUCGGAAUUCCUUAUCUUAUAUACAUACAAGUAUAUUAACACUUUGAAUCUAUUUAUACCAAUCCAUAAAUGGAGGCUAAUGGCACCAAAUGCAGUGGAGAACAAAGGUUGAAGGGUAAAGUUGCAAUAAUAACAGGGGGUGCAAAAGGUAUAGGAGCCACUACGGCAAAAUUCUUUGCCUUAAAUGGGGCUUAUGUAGUCGUGGCUGAUGUACUUGAUGAGCUAGGCAUUGCCCUCGCCAAUUCCAUAGGAGGCAGCUACAUACAUUGUGAUGUCUCUAAGGAAGCUGAUAUAGAGUCAGCGGUGAAGCUAGCUUUGACAUGGAAGGGCCGCCUUGACAUUAUAUUCAAUAAUGCAGGCACAUCAGGCGCAGAUGGGAGCAUCACCAAUGUCAACAUGGAUGAAGUAAAAAACAUUGUUGCAGUUAACUUGUAUGGUGUAGUACAUGGGAUCAAGCAUGCAGCCCGUGCCAUGAUCGAGGGUAAAAUAGGCGGGUCCAUCAUAUGUACCUCUAGCUCAGCAGCAAUCAUGGGAGGCUUAGCCUCACAUGCCUACACAAUGUCAAAAGGUGCAAUCCAGAGCCUGAUCAAGAGUGCAGCAUGUGAACUUGGAGGACAUGGUAUCCGAGUGAACUGCAUCUCUCCUCAUGGGGUUCCUACGGAUAUGCUCAUAAGCGGUUAUCGGAGGUUCCUCGGGGACAUUGAUGCAGAAGAAGUUUCCAAAAUAAGUGCUAAAAGCUGCAGUCUACUGACAGGAAGAGGUGGGAAAACCCAGGACAUUGCUGCAGCUGCCGUAUUCCUGGCCUCUGAUGAAUCUGAAUUUAUUACUGGACAUAAUCUAGUGAUUGAUGGGGGUUACACUGAAGCUAGCACUACUAUGGUUCACAUGUACCAAGACCCAAAAUCCGUGUAAUGAAUUGUACUAUCCUAUCGGCUUUUGUUCAGUAUAAUCAGUAUAGUAUUGUAUGGCGUAUAGUGAACUACAGAAAAAAGCAUGCAUUCCAGUUGUAAGUGUUACCAAAUUAUAACUUCUGGUUAAACUAAUUCAAAGCUAAUAAUAGCGAAAGAAGUAAUUUGUAUCACAUGCAUGUUACUUCUUUUUUGUAUAUAGUAGCAGUUACUUGAGUUUUUGCUA